GUGUGGUGUGUGCGUGUGUGUGUGCAUAUGUGUGAACGUGUGUUAGUGUGUGCUUACUGCAGUGAGCAAUAGGAAUGAGAACAAGCAGCAGGAGGACGAAAGAGAAGGAGGACGAAGAAAACAUUUUAGAGGAAUAAAAGAAACAGAGGAAAUAUAAGGAUUAAUAAUACUGGGAUUUUAGAUAUUCAUCAUCAUCAUCAUCAUCAUCAUCACCGCAUUUCACCCUCCUUUAUUUGUCCUCCACCACUCAACUAGUCUUUGGAAUGGAGGGAAGUCCUAGGAAAAUCCAGUUUACGGUUCCACUGCUGGACUCUCAUCUGGACCCCGAGGCUGCUGAACAGAUAAGGAGGAGACGUCCGACUCCUGCUUCUCUGGUCGCAUCCAGUGAUCAGUCAUCUCCUGAAAUAGAUGAAGACCGUCUCCCACACCAGUUGUAUAAGCAAGCCUUGCUGAAUUCACCACGGCAGAGACGGAAAGGUGUGAAGGGAACUCCAACAAAGAAAGAGCUGCAGUACCUGGUGGAACAUCAUGCACACCAGCAGCAGCGCUCGGUUUCGGCAGCAGACGAGUCGUCAGAGAGCUGUGUGUCAGAUGUGGGUGGAGAUGACGACGAAGCAGAGCAUGAUGGGAGUUUAAUGUCCACAGACACAACAGAAGAGUUUGAGAAGCUGCGCUGUCAGAUGGAGGCGUUUUCAAGAGAGAGUUUAUCAGACACUGCGGAAAUCGAAGGCUGUUAUUCUCAGGACAGAUCUGACACUCAAACAUCAACACACCACACACACUCAGCACAAACAGCUCAGAGGAAGGAAAUUAAACACUGAUGAUGAAGAAGAUGAACACACAGAGUCCCACUAAAGACAAUCUGCAGAGUUAAUUCACUAAAUAUUAAUGUUAAUUAAACAACCACAAUUGUUGCAGUUAAAAUGAAUGGCAUGGAGUUGGUGUGAUUGGGUUGGGCUGUACCCUGGAGCUAUAAUUAUGUCAUGAAUAUUAGCCACGCACCCUUUCAAUUUCAAUGUUGUGCCAAAAUGGAAUGAAGCUUUUAAACUAAACUUCUGAUUAUGA